ACUGCUACCGCUUGCCGCCCGCCCAUUCAGCCCUCUUGAACGCAGCACUAACAAUAUGGCGAACACCAAUCUCAACCUGCACCUCGAUGUUGGUCGCUAUCCUGGCCAAAUCGUUGUGUCUGCGCCUUCCAGUACCCCUGCCGGCAUCUCCCAUCAGCCACGACACCUCCUCCAGCAACAAACAAGCUGGGCGGCGUCUAUAGUUGAUGCGGCCUACAAUAGUAACGUGCCGCAACGCCACAUCCUCAACACGACAACAGGCAAUGCCACCAAUACAGAUACCCUCCCACAGCCACCGGACAUUUACAUGAAAAUCUUCGGCGGCAUUUGCGUAGGCUUCCUCUUCCUCUUCUGCCUAGUCUGGUGUCUGCAGCAGAUCUACGACUGGGGCUUUCGGCGAGGUCGCGACUCUGCAUACGAUGCAGAUCUGGAACGUGGCCGCUCCCGAGUCCGCACUUGCGACCGCAAGACAAAGCAAAAGAAAUCCGUAACCAGCGCGCCAAAUCGAGCCCCGUAUUCGCCUCAACGGCAUUACGACACGUUCAUCCCCCCGUUCAGGCCCGGAUUCGAGAGAAUGGGGAAAGUUCGCUUCGAGCGCAUGAACACGAACGCCUGUGGGGAAGCUGAAGACUGCACAGACGGUGCCAGAUGUAUGGUCUGUCUGCGAUGCAGGAGGAUGUAUGAUGGUGCGGCACCCGGGAUGGGGUUACAGCGUUACUGAGAUCACCUUGUGCGCCUUGUGUGUGUCCAGUCUCUUUGAUGACAUCGCGGGACGGAAUCAGUCAAGAUAUAUAUGGCCUUUUAGGGUCAGGAUUUAUGGAAAUGAAUACUAUUAUCAGUGAGAUAAGC